AUGUUGCGUAGCGGAAAACGUCCUGCGACAAACACGAAGAACAACACCAAAAUUGGUAGUUCUGCCUAUGCUGAUGAAACAGGCGAGAGCAAUUCUCAGCCUAUACUUCUUGAUGACCCUGACCCAAAACCUUCUCGCGAAAACAGGAAGUCUACCGCUGAAAAAAUUAAGGAAAAUACUAUAGACUUAGAAGUAGAAGACGAUUCAGAUAUUGAGGCCGAAAUCGAUCGACAGUAUGGUAACCACGUCGAUCGACCGGUGAAACCUGUCGUCGAUCAACUUUCAGAUAACCCUAUCGAUCGACAUUCCACUCAAUCCGAACCAACGAUUGAAAGAGUCUAUAGAACCCUACCCCCUUAUCCUCCUAAAACGCAGACUAAGAAAUCAUUAGAAUAUGCGAUCUGCAAGAAAGCAUUGGAUAGAAUUACUAUGGAGAUGUCCCUUAGUGAUGCUAUGAAAAUAGCACCUUCGAUAAAGAAGUGUGUGAAGGAUAUGACGUCUCCAAAUUAUCCAACUGCGGAACAAAGCGUGAUGAUGGUGUCAGAGGAAGUAAGUGCCAUGAUUCGAGGAGAAACUCCAAAUAAGAGGCCUGAUCCUGUAACCUUAGGAUAUAACGAGUUUAUGCCAACUCCGAUAACCUUGGUUCUAGCUGAUCGGUCUAUCAGGGUACCUGAAGGGAUUCUCGAAGACAUUCCCGCUAAUCAAGCAACCUUGAUAGAUGACCAAGCCUUCUAUGUGAAAGAAGUUUCUGAGCUAGAUAAGGAAUCUUUUAUAGACAUGUGCUCAGACGACCCCUUAGAAAAUGCUCUUACCAAUAUGGAAAAGAAAAUCUUCAGCAUAGAUAAUAGGACAGGCGAUUACGUGCGACUGAUGGAUGCAAGUAUCGAGGUUGCGAACAUCGAAGAAGAUGAUGACUCAAACAUUAUCGUCGAUCGAUACCUCAGAGAGGCCGUCGAUCGACAACCAUCUUCAUUAUCUAAUUGGUCUAAAGAGAAAGCACCAAAGGUUGAAUUAAAACCCCUCCCCAGUGGUCUUAAAUAUGCAUUUCUUUAUGACCAAUCCUACCUUGUUAUUGUCAAAGCCAAUCUCACUAGCGGAGAACUUGUGUUAUUAUUAAAUAAACAACGCAAGCACAGGAAAACAAUCGGGUAUUCUCUCGAUGAAAUUCCUGGUGUUUCUCCUGAUCUUUGCAUGCACCGUAUUCAUUUGGAAGACGACGCUAAAACGUCGAUAGAACAGCAAAGGAGAUUAAAUCCGAAUCUAAAGGAAGUAGUCAAAAAGGAAAUUAUUAAACUCAUAGAUACUGGAGUUAUCUAUCCUAUUUCGGAUAGUAAAUGGGUAAGCCCCGUACAUGUUGUACCCAAAAAGGGAGGUAUUACAGUAGUGAAGAACGAAAACGAUGAACUCAUCCCGACCCGUACCGUCACUGGACAUCGGAUGUGUAUCGACUAUAGGAAAUUAAAUGCCGCUACUAGGAAAGGUCACUUUCCCCUGCCCUUUAUUGAUCAAAUGCUGGAACGUUUAGCCAAUCACCAGUAUUACUGUUUUCUUGAUGGAUAUUCCGGAUUUUUUCAAAUUCCCAUACAUCCGAAUGAUCAAGAAAAGACAACCCUUACAUGCCUCAAUGGAACAUUUGCGUAUCGCAGAAUGCCAUUUGGUCUUUGUAAUGCAUCCACCACUUUCCAACGUUGCAUGAUGUCAAUUUUUACAGACAUGAUCGAGGACUUUAUGGAAGUUUUUAUGGAUGACUUUUCAUUCUACAGAUCAAAUUUUAAGAGUUGCCUCGAUAAGUUAUGCAAGGUAUUGGAAAGAUGCGAAGAAAAGAACCUUGUCCUAAAUUGGGAAAAAUGCCAUUUUAUGGUUAACGAUGGCAUCGUAUUAGGACAUAAGGUUUCCGCCGCUGGUAUAGAGGUAGACAGAGCUAAAAUCGAGGUGAUGACCGGUCUACCAGCACCCAAAAAUUUAAAAGACGUGCGAAGUUUUCUCGAACACACCGGCUUUUAUAGAAGGUUUAUACAAGACUUUAGCAAAAUUGCUAGACCUUUAAAUAACCUCUUGUGCAAGGAAGUAAAGUUCGAUUUUACACCAAAAUGCAUGAAAGCUUUCGAAGAUUUAAAAAAAUCCCUUAUAACUGCCCCCGUCGUUCAAGCCCCCGACUGGAAUCUCCCUUUCGAGAUCAUGUGCGAUGCGAAUGAUUUUGCGAUAGGAGCAGUUUUGGGCCAAAGAAAAGAUAAAAAGCUGCAUGCCAUCUACUACACCAGUCGUACGCUUGAUGAAGCGCAACGGAAUUAUGCAACAACAGAAAAAGAACUACUCGCCGUAGUUUAUGCAUUUGAAAAAUUCCGUCAAUAUCUAAUUGGCACACAUGUUAUAGUUCACACUGACCACGCUGCCAUUAAAUAUUUGAUGCAAAAGAAAGAUGCAAAACCUCGACUCAUACGCUGGAUUUUACUACUCCAAGAGUUUGAUAUUGAAAUUAAAGAUAAACGAGGAGUAGAUAAUGGAGUCGCUGACCAUCUUUCUCGGAUCAGAAUAGAGGAUAACAUCCCUACAGACGACUUCUUCCCAACAGAGAACGUUGCACAAAGAGACACAUCUUUCGUAGGUCAAAUUUCUCUCACUUCCGAUGAGACAUCGAUCGAUGCGAAAGAAAACAUAUCGAUCGAUUCCAGUAGUGAUACAUCGGUCGAUAACGACAAUAUCGCAACACCUUGA